CUUGGCAUUGUUGUUCACAGCUCAUAACCUUAUCUUCCCCUUUGCAUUGCAAUUACUCUCUUCUUCUCAACACAGGAGGCUUAGGUUUUCCAAUGGAGACUUAAGUUCAAUUCUCAUUUGUGUCAUAUUGGGGUGAAUAUAGACAAUAAAGGAUUUGGACUAGGCCUUGUUUGAGGUUAUGAGUUCGAUUCCCGAGUCCAACCGGGUAUUCGUCCCACCGUGUGUUACGCUAAAGAGUUCCGCUUUGUGGUGGCAUAACGACUUUCAAGUGGCAGCCGUGUGUAUGUUUUCCUGGGGGAACGCCUAAAAAAGCCAAACUUUAAAGCCAACAUGGGCCCGAUUAAGAUAACAUAGUCUAGACAAAGUGUGGAAAUACAAGGCUCUCCGAUUUAAAGAAUGUGCUAAUAAUCCUUUUCCUUACAAAAAAACAUAUAGAAGAUCGGAAGAGAAGAAAAUAGUAACACCCCAGGCAGUUUUUGGAAAAUGGACUUCGUCAGUCCAAUUAUUAGUCCUAUUGUUGAAUCUUUGAUGCUUCCCAUUAAGAAACACAUGGGGUUCUUGGUUUCAUCAACAAAGUAUGUUAACGAUAUGGAUGCUAAAAUGAGGCAGUUGAAAGACAUAGCCCGAGAGGUUCAGCGUAAAUGUGACACGGCUGUUGCAAACACAGAAGUGGUACCUGAACGCGUGGAGCUAUGGUUGGAAGAUGUCAAUAGGACGAAUGAAAGGGCACAAAGUAUUGAAACAGGUAGAAUUGGAUGCUUCAAUGUCUCAAAGAGAUACAAAACAGGAAAACGAUCUUCUAACAUCCUCAAGGAGAUAGAAGAUCUUGAAAAACGGGAAUCCAAUAUCAAGUUUACUAAUGAAAAAAAGUCUCUUGCUAAGGUUCUUUCUACUUCCACACCUACUACAUCGGUUCCGAAUGGUGCUCAAAACAACCUCGUGUCCAGAGAUUUGUUAUUUAAUGAUGCGUUGAAGUUCCUCCAACCAAAUAAUGAGACCCAAAACAUGAUUGCUCUAUGUGGGAUGGGUGGUGUUGGCAAGACCACAUUGAUGGAACAACUAAAGAAAACCGUGGAAGAUUCAAAAAUGUUUGAUUGGGUUGUGAAGGUGGUUCUUGGUGAAAACCCUAAUCCAAUUUCUCUUCAACGAGCUAUUGCAGAAUACAUUCGUGAAGAUCUAAGUGAAACAACUAGAGAUGCAAGGGCUGAUCGUCUUCGUAAGGUAUUUGAGGGUAUGUCACAGCAAGGCCAAAAGAAAAUAUUGAUAAUAAUGGAUGAUGUUUGGAAGGAAGUCGACCUUAAAGAUAUUGGACUAGCGAACCCUUUGCCAAAUGGGUUUAAGCUGUUGUUCACGUCACGAUUUGAAUAUGUUUGCACUCAAAUGGGUGUUAAAACCGACUCAAUUAUUAGAGUAGGCACCUUAAGUGAUGCAGAAGCAGAAACUUUCUUUUUUGGAAUUGUGGGUCCAUUUAUUUUAGAUGGUGAUGAUCUUGAGCUCCAAAAAGUAGGUGAAGAUAUUGUGAAAAAAUGUGGUGGUUUACCCAUUGCCUUGAAAACCAUUGCAAACAAUCUUAGAGAUGAUGUAAAGGAUGCAUGGAAAGAAGCACUAUCCAAUUUACAACGCCAUGACCUUCAAGACCUUAACGACAUUGUGCAUAAAGUUUUUGAAAUGAGCUACAACAAUCUCAAAAAUGAGGAUGAUAAAGCACUUUUUAUUCUUUGUGGCCUAUUUCCAGAUGACUUUGAUAUUCAUAUUGAGGACUUAAUAAGGUAUGGAUGGGGAUUGCAGUUGUUUAGUAAAGUGCCAACUUUAGCACAAGCAAGAAGGCGGACCAACAUAUGUGUUAAUAGACUCAUCCGUGCAAACUUGUUGACUAAAAGUGAGCUCUUGGGAUGUGUCAAAAUGCAUGAUCUCGUGCGUGCUUUUGUUUUAAGCAAUUUUUCAAAAGUCAAACAAGCUUCAAUCGUCAACCAUGAUAACAUGUUAUUGCAACCGCUUACAAAAGAAGCAAAAGAGUCUUACGAAAGAAUUCUAAUUAAGUGCUCAGAUUUGUCAAAGUUUCCUACACACUUUGUUUACUCAAACCUAUCCCUCUUGAUUUUAAUGGGCAGGAAUAACCUCAUCAAAUUUCCAAAAGAUAUUUUUGAAAAAAUGGAAAACCUUGAGGUUAUCUCUUAUGAGAAUAUGGGUAAUCCCUUGCUUCCGGUAACGCUAGAACACUCAACCAAACUUCGAACACUAUGUCUUCGUUCAUGCUCGUUGGUAGAUGAUCUAUCUUUUAUUGGAAGUCUUUGCAACUUGGAAACACUUAGCUUUGCUGAUUGUAACAUAAGACGGUUACCACAAGCGAUAGGGAGGUUGAAAAAUCUAAAGUUACUAGAUUUGACAGGAUGUGUUGACCUUUGUAUUGAUGAUGGUGUCUUUCAAAAUUUGGAUAGUCUUGAAGAGCUUUAUAUGAGAGCUUCUCAAGGUAGGCCUAUUAGGUUCACAUAUGCCAAUUGUGAAGAAUUGGAGAAACUUUCACAACAUCUUUCUACAUUAGAGUUGGAGUUCUUUGAGAAUAACGCCCAACCGAGAAAUGUAUGUUUUAAGAAACUUGAAAGGUUCAGGAUUUCUAUUGGUUGUGAAUUGCAAUGUGAUGAAAUCUAUUCAUUUAGGAACUCAAUGAAGUUUGUUGUUGAUUGCAAUGAGCUUCGGGAAUGCAAAAUUAGUGAGCUAUUUGAGAAAGUAGAGGAACUUCAAUUACAAGUAAAUGAUAUGAUUCAUCUUGAAGAUGUUUCAAUGAAUCACUUGUUUUCCAAUUUAAGAGUUCUUCAUGUUUCAAAGUGUAAAGAUUUGACUUACCUCUUCACAGUUGACAUGGCUAGUGAUUUGAAGAAACUUGAGCGACUCACAAUUUCCGAAUGCCCCAAUCUGAAAUCACUCAUUUGUGAGAAUAGUGGAGCUAGGGUGAUUGAAUUUAAGAAGUUAAAUUUUAUGUAUUUGAAGAAUCUGCCAAACAUGAUAAGUCUGUGUGAGAAUCUGAUCAAAUUACCAGAAAUGGUGGAGUUGAAACUCUUUGGCCUUCCCAACUUCACAAGUAUUUAUCAAGACAUUAAUAAUGAUGCAUGCACAAUGAAACCAUUAUUGAAGAAAGAGGUUGUGAUUCCUAAGUUGGAGAAAUUAGACAUUUCUACGAUGGAUAGCUUGAAGCAGAUAUGGCCGUGUGAUAAAUCUACUACCCAGAAAAAUAAUGCUUCCAUGUUGAGAAAAAUUAUUGUGAGAAAAUGUGAUAGCCUUAUGAAUAUUUUUCCAUGCAAUCCAUUUCCAUUACUAAACCAUUUAGAAGAGCUUAAAGUUUUAAAUUGUGGUUCCAUUGAAGUGUUAUUCAACAUCGACUUUGAAAGUUUUAAUGGAAUGGGGGAAUACAGUUGCAGCAGGUUAAGAAGCAUUAAAGUUGAAUAUUUAGGGAAGCUAAAAGAGUUGUGGAGGAUGAGAGGUGUAAAUAGCUCUGAUAUCAUCAUCAAUGGCUUUAAAGGUGUAGAAAGCAUUGAGAUAACGGAAUGUAAAAGUUUUACAAAUAUAUUCACACCUACAACAACCAAUUUUGAUCUGGGAGCACUUACUACGUAUAUAACAAGAAACUCUGGUUGCAAAAUGAAAGAAACGGAUACAAAGAAUAUGAUCCGGAGUGACCAAGAGUCGCAGAUUGAUGUGGCAUAUCCAUCUUAUCUUCUACACAUGUGUCAUCGCCUUCAUCGUCUUGCUUUAACAUGUGAUGAAAGAGUGGAGAAGGUGGUGUUUGAUAUGGAUAGUCCAAGUAGUAGACAAUUAGCGUCAAUUCAACCGCCACCACUACUACUACCCUACCUUAAGGUUCUAAAGCUACGCGAUUUAAAGCAGAUUCGUCAUGUGUGGAAGUGCAAUUGGAGUAAACUCUUAAUUCUUCAACAUCAACCUUUGCAAUUUCCAUUCCAAAAUCUCACAGACAUAUACUUGCAGUCUUGUCACAAGCUAAAGUACUUGUUUUCACCUCUUAUGGCGAAAUCUCUCUCCAAGUUGAAGCUAGUCAAAAUAAAUGAUUGCAAUGGUAUUGAAGAAGUUAUUUCGAGUAGGGAUGAUGAAAAAGGAGAAACAUCCACAUCUACAUCUUCCCAUCAAAACACCGAACUUUUUCCUCAUUUUGGCACUCUUGAGAUUGGAUACAUGCCAUGUCUAAAGAGUAUUGAUUGUAGUGAUACCGGUCACGAUCAAAUUAAGAGAGCUGAAGUAAUUGGUGCUUGUUGGUCGUUGUGUCAAUACCCCACAAAGAUACUUAUAUACAACUGCGAUGCAUUGUCAAGUCUAAUUCCAUGGUAUGCAUUAGGACAAAUGAAAAGACUUCAAGAGCUCGAAGUUAAACUAUGCAUGACAAUGAUGGAGGUAUUUGAAAGUGAAUCGAUCAAUAACAGUAAUAAUAAUCUCGACGAACAAAGUGCUGCUACCGGUACUACAUUAACAAAUGCAAUGCUAAAAAACAUUACUAGUGUUGUUGUCCCUCAGCUCUCCAACUUAAAAAGUGUGUCUAUCCAUGAAUGCGACCUUCUGCAACAUAUAUUCACAUUCUCUACUCUAGAAAGCCUCAAGCAACUCAAAGUGUUGAGAGUAAUGAAAUGCAAGACAAUACAAGUGAUUGUAAAAGAAGAAAACGAAACAUCACCGAAAGUCGUGGUGUUUCCUCGUCUAGAGACCCUCAAACUUGACGAUCUACCAAACCUCAAGGGUUUCUUCAUGGGCAUGAAUGACUUCCGAUGGCCCUCAUUACAUAAUGUAUUGAUCAAUAAAUGCCCUCAAUUGAUAAUGUUUACAUCUGGUCAGUCAAAAACUCCAAAGCUCGAGUACAUAGAAACAAGCUUAGGCAAAUAUAGUCUUGAAUGUGGCCUUAAUUUUGAUGGACGGAUCAAUAAUAAGCUUGAGACUACAUUCUCAACUUCUUCAGACUCUUCUAUUUCAAAAGGGAUGCCUUUCUCUUUUCAUAAUUUGACAGAAAUUAAUAUAGAGGAGAGAGAUGUUAAAACCAUUAUUCCAUCUCAUGCCCUGCUGCAAUUGCAAAAGCUUGAGCAGAUUACUAUAAAAUUAUGUUUUCAGAUAAAGGAGGUAUUUGAAGUAGCAUCGGAAGGGACAAAGAAUAUUGGUUUAAGUGAAUCACAAACUAUUGUCAAAAUUCCAAACCUAACACAAGUGCACUUGGAUGGUCUAUAUGAUCUCAAGUAUCUAUGGAAGAGUACCCGAUGGCUGGCAUUGGAGUUUCCAAAGCUAACAAGUGUGUCUAUUGAAGAUUGUUAUAGUUUGAAACAUGUUUUCACAUGUUCCAUGGUUGGUAGUCUGGUGCAACUCCAAGUCUUGCGUAUAAUGGCGUGCGACAAUAUAGAGGUAAUUGUGAAGGAAGAAGAAGAAUGUGACACCAAAGUGAAUGAGAUUAUGUUACCUUGUCUAAAGUCCUUAAAGCUAGAAUGUCUUCCAAGUCUCAAUGGAUUUUGCUUAGGGAAGGAGGCUUUUUCAUUGCCAACAUUGGACAAUUUGAAAAUCUAUGAUUGUCCCGCAGUAACAGAUUUCACCAAGGGACAUUUGUAUACCCCCGAGUUGGAAGUCAUAGAUACAACUUUUGGGAAGUGUUAUGUGAAGACACAUCUCAAUUCCUUUAUAAAGACCAAACAAGAAGAGGGGUAUAAAUUCUAGAAUGGGAAGACCAUAUGGUUUAUUUGCAAGGUUUAUUAGGUAUGUUCUCAAAGAUAUCAAAUGGGGUAGUGAUACUUCAUGAAAGCUCAUUCACAAAAUCUUGGUUGCUUGAUUUACAUGGAUGAUUUAGGAAGAUGUUUCUUGGAAGUUUGGAAGUGUGAAAGAUAAUGGUGAAUUGGGGAUAGUGUGAGCAAGAAAAUAGAUUAACUAAGAAGAAAUAGGGAAUAAAGUAACGAUUUUUAGGGGUGUAUUAUUUUUUUAAAUCUUUUUUCUUUAAAGAUGGUGUAUGACAAGUAAUAGAAGGGGUUCAUUUAGCCUUCCUAUCCAACUUGCAUGUAUUUCUCAUAGAUGUCCAAAAAUUUAUGACUUGUUAAUCAUGGUUGUUCUUGUCUUUUAUGAGUUUGUUCUAGGGAAAUCAUAAAUCUUGUUUUUGUUUAUUCAAAUGAUAAAUAAUAGAAAUUUAAUGGUUA